GAUCUGACCUCUUCAAAUCGAAACCCAGAGUCGAUUCCCAAAUCAGAAUCCAAUCACAGCCGUCUCUCUCUCUCUCUGUGUCUUCUCCUUCGGUCUUUCCCUUCUGUUUCCCUCUCUUUCCCACAGAAACCGCCCGCCAAAGACAACACACAACACACCCUUCUUCUCUUCGCCUUCUCCGUCCAUGUCUCCUCGUUCUACGCAAUCAGCGAUACCCCCUGUUUGGUUCCCGUCUUUAUUCCAUUAAUCCCUACAGCGGCUAUUCGUUUUUCAUCCAGCUAGCGGUUCAGUUUUCUCCAUCAAAACCGCCCAUCUUCCUUUUUAGCCCGUCAAAAAACAUGAAGAGGAGCGGCUCCAGGCAAAAGUUCCUGAUGUGCUUCCGGCCGGUCGUGGAAAUGGAAGAUUGUAUUCUGGACGAUGGGUUUGGUCUCCACAAGUCCAAAUCCGCCGCCCUUCUCUCGAUUAAUCAGUCUGACAGUCAGGCCUUUCUAAUUUCCGCGGCGGGGAGCGAUGAAUUCUCUGAUUCGUUUGGAAAGAAGGGAACUCUGGAUCGCUCUGUUUCCGAUUACUCUGCCUUCGUCGGCGACCGGCGCUCUGUAAGUUCGGCGAUGGAGGAGGUUGUUGCUGCGCAGCCUCCGAAUCAUCAUCGAAGCAAGAGAUUUUCUCGUGCGAUCAAGGCUGCUCUAUUCGAUUCCGUAUUGUCGAAGCGAGCUAACAAUACAAAAUCGUGGAACCGGGUCGCUGACGAAUCCAACCGUGGUUCUUCGUUGAUCCGGAUGAACUCGAUGGAUAAGGAACAGUGCAACUCGAUCCGAAAGGUAUUCGAAGGCAGAUGGGAAGCAAUGUCUUCUUCUUCUUCAUCUUCAUCAUCUUCGCUGGCGUCUUCCGCAUCGCUUCCGAAUUUGUGUUCAGGAUCAGACUCCGAAACCCCGUCACAAUCUUCGUCGGUAGCGAGAAGGGUGAAAACCCGGCAAUCCGAACAGAGUCCCAAUCCCAACCAGAAACAAUUUGGAAGUUUGACCGCAUGUUUGCUGCUGCUGGUCAGUCUGGGGGUGACUAUAUUAGGAGGCAAGUUCUUAGGCGUGGCGUUGACUCUAAUUUGUCUGUACUCCCUCCCUCGCCGGCGGCAAGACCUACUACGUGUCUUUGAUCCGCUGGCGGGAGAGGCAAGAACGUCUCGGGAGGAAAACAGGGUGUCGAGAGAGUACAAAAAACAGAGGGUCGUGAUGGAAGGGAUGCUUAAAAGGAACCACCGGAGUUACCCUUGCCUCAACCGCCCAAAAUCAGAAUCUGCAGCGCUUCAACAAAGUAAAUAAUGAAUGAACAAGAAAGAAGAUGGAACAAAAGGGGGGCCAGAGCGUUAAGUAGUGGAUUCAGAGAACAUAUUUAUUUCUGGUUUCAUGCGGAUAAAAUUUGAAAUCUUGU